AUGCCCCCUCCAAACCAAACACCAAAACCAGCAAACCUCCAAAAUGAAAUCCCACCCCUGACAACCCUCCUCCCCGCGAUAUUCGUCCCCAUCCCCCCCUCCUUCUUCACCUACAAGCCCGCCACCACAACGACCGCCCAAAUUCGCGACUCUAUAGCCGCGCUGGACACGCACGCCGCGCAAGUACGGGCCAAUAUCCUCGCCUUAUCAAAACAGGAGUGCAGACGGAUCGCUCGCGACGCAGAGAUCCAGGAGAUGAGGAUGGAUAGUCCGCCACGAGUGCAAGGGGGCAUGAGCGACGCGGAUAGGGCGCUUCUGCUGGCGAAUUUGCAGGCGCCGAGGGAGAGGCCGAGUAGGGAGUUGCCGAGUGCGCCUGAUUUCUCGGAGUGGGUGGUUAGGAGUCCCGCGGAGUGGAGGGAUAGGGAGAUAUUGAGGACGGUGGCGAGGACGAUGGUCGAGUUGAGGGGGUAUGGGGAGCAUGUUAAGCGGACGAGGGAUGUUUAUGAGGAGGCGCUGGAGAGGGAGAUGCGGAAGGAGUCGGGGAGUGAAGGUGAUGGGAGUCGUAGGUAG